GCGCAUGACAGCUGGAGCAUUUCAAUGAGGUUACAAUAAUCGAUGUAAACAAUUUUAAACAAUGAAGACCGAAAUGUACAAUGAAAUAAUGAUGACAAUUCGUAAUUUUCGAGGCCUGUCGAGAGAUUGUGCCAAAGUGUUAAAGGAGAAAUUUAAUAACAUCCAUCCAAACACGCUGUACAGCAUCUUAUCGUUAGAAAUACAACAGAAAAUGAAAAACAAUCAUGUCAGACUGUUUGGAAACAAUAAAAAUUAUUAUGACAGUUACUUGGAAGCAGUGCAGAACGGAGAACCAGUAGGCAUUCUGCUAAGGAUAGCAAAAGAUAUUGACGCUGCACCAGCUCUAUUAGCACGUAACAUUUUAGAAAAAUACUGCAUGCGCGACAAUGCAAAUGUUUCAAAAAAUCUAAUUUCCAAACUAUUUAAGGAUACUACACUGAUUGAUGAUAAGGAUCUCGCAUAUGAAAUUUAUUUGUGUACAUUAUAUGAUGAUCUGUAUGGACCUAUAGCUGAUGCAAUGGGAAUAUGCAUAGGACAAGAAUAUGAAAUUAAGCUUCAAGAUUGUUUAAUACAAAGAAAUAUUGCAUUUCGUAACGAAGAGCACUUACGAUUACGAGGCUACGACAAGACUCCAGAUUUUAAAUUGGAAGUACCGAUUGCGGUGAAUGGUUAUGUGAUAAACUGGAUUGAAUCUAAGGCACGAUUUGGUAACAUGGAUGUUCAUCAAAAAUAUAUGAAGGAACAAUUCUUAAGUUAUUGGAACAGAUUUGGAUUCGGACUUGUCAUUUAUUGGUUUGGAUUCCUUGAUUGUCUCACCAAAUCGACUGAGAAAAAGUUUAUUAUAAUGGACCAUUUUCCCGAAAAUAUUAUAUACAUGGAUCCGGCUUGUAUCAAAUCUACAAAUAGUACGUGA